AUGGCUACUGCUACCGCCACUACUGCCACCACCACAACAUCGGGUGCGACACAGCCCUUGGUUACAAAGUGGUCUUCUCGAUAUCGUGGGCUUCUAUGGAGAAUGCCAUUCCUUCGAGCUGCGGCUAAUGCAUCACAGGCCACUGUCGAAGACCUCGACCCCCCGGCUGCACUCUCACUCAACCCCUCCGAUGCCAUCUCUCUCGCCCUCAUGUCCGCCUUUGAGCGCGACUACACGCAUCUUACCGUCGUCGACGCCGACACCCGCGCGUUGCUAGGCUACAUAUCCAUCCCUCACCUUCAGUCCCUUCUCGACUCAGGCAAGGUCAAGCCCGAAGAUCAGCUCUCGGCUGCCAUGACACGCUUCCAGCGCAAGGGCCGUACCUACCGGGUCAUCACGAUGGAAACGACCCUCGAGGACCUUGAGAGCUUUUUCCGUGGCGGCGUGUCCGAUGGACCCUGGAAGCAGGAAUUCGCUGUUAUCACGGAUGAGAAGAGGAGGUUCGUCUUGGGCGUCGCGACAGUACAGGACCUCGAGGAGUUUGUGAAGCGAAGACCUGAGUAA